AUGAAACCCUGGCCACUCGAUGGUUUAUUUUUCGUUAUUUAUGCUGUGGGCUCUGUUCUGGCUGAAACUCCAACGUCUGGGAACGAUAUAGACACUUCUGGAGAAAAUAAUUCCACGAUCAAAGACACGAAAAUGUUGUUUUGUAUCCUUUUGGUCCUAAUUACUGUACUUUUUUUGCAAGCUUUUAAUAUAAUUAAGCUUAACUAAAAAUAUUCCACCUGAUAAGAACUUCUUUAAGAGACAGCGGGCUUAUUAGAGCUUAUUGUUACAGUUUCCUAUCUUCGCUCGCAGAUCGUUCAAUUUUUAAAGAAAAACGUGCUCAACAAGUCGUUGCUGCAGCAGGGUUGUCAUUAAGAGCCGGGGGCCGGGGAUUUUCCCCGGCUACUAAGAGAGUGGCCCCCGGCUACUUUCAUUGGAAAAUAGAAGAAAAAUAAAACAGAAAGAAAUCCCUAGCCGUUUGAUUCACCGCCUACUUGUUGUAUUUACCCGGCAACUUGAAAUCUUAGUGACAACCCUGUGCAGAGAGUAUUCUAAAGCUUGCUGAUUGUUCCAAGCAGUAUAAGAUGGUCGAGAUAGUACUUGAAAAAAUUUUAAGGUAAUUAAUGUACCAAUUUACAAAUACUACUUUUGACAUACGUUCCUGAGUGAGGGUGGGUAGAAAACAAAGACCUAAGACCUAAGACCCAAAAACGAAGACCCCCUUUAAAAUCACUUAUAAAUAUCUAGAAACGGGUAUCUCGACCUUUAUAGAUGUGUAAGAAACAACAAUAUCUUCAAUUAUACAAAAUUUCGACCAGGGUCUUCGUUUUCUACACAAUCCUUCCGGUGUGUAGAAAAUGAAGACCCCCCUCAAAAUCACUUGGAAACGGCUGAACACCGCUUUUAACGACUUCUAGACACUGAAGGAUUGUAAGAAACAACACAGCUCCUGACGAUUAAACCCAUGACAACAUUAAGAUCUCCCGAGUGACGUGGUUAUUUAAUGUCAGAAGAAAUCCAAAAUCCAUAUCUUACAAUGUAUGUAAUAUUUUCCUAAUUAAAUACAUAUUGACUUUUCUAUGGAAAGUGUUUCUGUUUCAUUUUAGUUUUACUUUGUAGAAUUCAUCAUGAUAAUACUCAUUAAACUCGUGGUACAGUCAAACCUUGUUAACACAAACACUUAGGAGACCAUAGAAAGUGUCCGUAGUAAGUGGAUUCAAUAUUAAGGGGAAGAUGUAAGACCUUUCUUUUUCCUAGGACAACUGUCCCUUGUUCUUGCACUCGUUGCAGGUUCUCACAUCCCUCCUUGUGAUGUUAAGAGUAGAACUGAAGAGCUGUGGAGAGUCUAGAAUUUUAUUGGAGAAGUGUUUCUCUUCUGUGCAGGGCUUUUCCGAAGGACACUGAAAUAAGUGGCUGGAGUCUGUGUGAUUUUCAUUUAUUAAGAUUUUGUAAAACAACAGGUACUAACACGGGUUACAGGUUUUUUUCGGUACAAAGUUAUUUCAAUACAAGUUUAUUGAGUGAAGUUGUAAUAUGAUUUCACAUACAAAAUACUUGGCUCAAAGAACAAAGAAUAUUCACACAAAAGGUGUUUUCUGGUUCACGCACAAACUGGCCAUAAUAAGAACUCGGAAACAUUUCUAUCGUCAGUAAUAAAGACGUGACUGCGAGCAGAGACUUAAGACUCAUAUUUUUCAGAUAAAAAUGUUGACGCUGAUGGAAACAAGGCUGGACUUUAACCCCCUGACGACUCUAACAUCUCCGAGUGACACGGUUAUUUAAUGUCAUGGAAUGGGGCAUUUUGAUGGCUAUCACGGAAGACAUGACUUUGAACACUUUAGGGAAAGUUCAUUUAAUAUGACAAGGGGGGGAUGAAGAUAUUGAGGGGGGGCUCCGAAAAUUUUUAGACACCCGAAGGGGGGGCUCUGAAAAAAUUGUUGCGCUAGGAGGGGGGGCUCCGAAAAUUUGUAUACUUCAAAACCAACACAUGACAUCAUCAUACAGAUCGGAUGGUUUUCAACUCAACAAUUUAAUGACCUGUGCAACUCAGCUAUAUCACGUGGUUUACAGAUAUAACAAAUGUAGUCUCAGUAAUCAUUACACUCUUGUUCAUCCCAAAUUGUUCAUUCAUUGUUCAUUCAUUCUUGUUCAUCUCAAGUUUGUCAUAGUAAUAUAUAGAUUUAGCCAGGGCUAAAAGCGAGGCUCCCAUUAGUAAAUUUAUAAUUUAAAUUAAACAAUAAACUUGUAUUCGAAUUCCACAAUUCAGUUAACUUUAGAGCACAUUUAUGUGACUUUUGAGGGAAAGGCUACCUGAUUUUAGAGAAAAAUAAUUUGCAAACAGCCCAAGAGUGAACCAAAUCUUACAUCGAGUUGAUAGCCUCAUAUGUACACUCAAAAACUGGUAAUCAUCUUUUAUCACAUUUAAGAGCCGUAAUGGCUAUUGAUCACCGUAGAUCAAUUAGGCUCAGAAAAAAAACCAGGCCAACGUUUUGGCGUUCGACAAGUUUACUUUGCAAAAUCUUGCCAACAAAUCUGGGUGCGUGUAUACCAACCUUUUAUACCAUGGACAGAAAGCAGUAUUUCACAAUACAAAUUGCUCUCAUUCAAUAUUCAUAAACUGUUAAAAAAAUUUUCCAAAAUCACCUAUACGGCCAUCCGGUUCUCACUUUUGUAGUGCGAGCUGUAGCGAGUGUUUGAAUGAACAUUAACAGAGUUACGCUCCAAGAUAAUAAAGAAUUUAUCAUGUUUAUUUUUUAUUUGAUGGUUUAACGCGCGGCAUUUUGAGAACUCCUGCAAGCGAUGUUCACUGACCGACUGAAAACAAUCGGCAUAGCGAUUAAAAUUGCAAGAGAGACUACUAACAAUCAAUAAAAGAAAUAUAAUUCGGUGAAACAUAAACAGAGACAACAAUUUUCAUUCAGGAAGACAAGUAUUAAAGUGUCCCUAAAUAUCCUGAAUCUUCAAGCUUCAAGCUUAAGUUUGCUGAAGUUUAUGUUUUAAGCCAGCUUCCCGGUGUUUGUUUUCUCAAAGACGAACUCGAGGCAACAAAAUCGCUCAAAGCUUUCUUUUCCGGCUAGAAUUAUAACUAAAGAUUCUUUGGAACAUUUUCUUUCUAUUUGCGGUGAGAAACUGUCUAAAGGCUUUUUAAAGUUCUGUAAGAUUAUAUCAAACCAGAUACUCGGUGAGAUCGUUGUCUCAAAUCUUACAAACGCGCAUAAACUAAAUUCCCGCAUAAACUACGCUCUACUUCAUUAAAUUAGAUACAAAAAACAAACAUGAAAUACAAUAAUUUCUCUGGCUUACCAUUCGAGAUGCAGCUCCUGAAAGUUAUCAGGUAAAGCCAGUAUCGCUUCAGACUUUGCAAUCCUCUUACGCAUCAAGCAAGGUGAAAACGAAAACGAUGCCAUCCGAAAUCGGAUUUCCGACUUUGACAAGCGACGUUUUCUCAACCAAAAACCCAAUAAACAAACUAGCCAUGAGUAACAGAAGACUCCUGAUAGCAGCUGAAUUUCAUUUUGUACAUCCAGUGGAAAAAGACAGUUAAAAACAUCACAAGUUGACACAAAACUCUGUCAGCUUCAGCUGUUAAAGUAAACAAGAUUCAAGAUGCUGCAUAAAUUUUGCGCAUGAACUCACCUGUCAAAUUUUGACCAAUCAGAGCAUAAAAAUUGGACGUAGAGCGUGACCAACGCGUGACCAUUGUGAGAAAAACAAAAGCAACUGUCUUCCCUGCCUGUAACAGCUGGCUGAAUUUUUUCACGUCCGAGGUCAGUUUGCAAUCAAAAUUUUAAUUGUGCAGCACAUAAACACAAUAUAUUUCAUAUGAAUUAAGAAAAAAAAUUGAACUUGAGCCUGCGAUCACUUGAAAACUAGUUUACUUGUCAGCGGAUAACUUCAAAAAUACUUGACCUCGACGGGUCGACACCUGAGCCCGCGAUACGGUCAAGUGAUACUGGUCAGCGGGUACUCUGUUUUGACAGCUGUCAAUUGAUCAAAACAUUGAUGUCCAAUAUGUGUGCAUUAUCAGUUUUCCUGUGCUCCCAAACUAGUAAAAGUAUGAGAUUGAACGUUGUUCGCGAUCUAGUAAAACAGUUAACUGGUCAGCGGACAGCUUCCAAAUAAAUCACGUCACCUCGAUGAGUUGACACAUGAGCCCGCGAUAUGGUCAUGGGAUACUGGUCAGUGGCUAUCCUGUUUGGACAGCUGUCAAUUGACCAUAUUGUUAAUGUCCUAUAUUAAAGAUGUGGACUUGCCAAGACACGCCUCAGACACCCCUCCCUUCCUUUUGAUAGUCUCCCCUACCCCACCCAUACAAUCUGUAGACGCGUACGUACGUACGUACGUACGCUCGGUCAAUCACGUGACAACCAAACGAAAAGAGGUUGACCAUAUUCCAUGGGUAUGGGGCUCUGUCCCACGCGCGCUUCGCGCGCGCGGGAGCCCCGCUAUAAACCAUUGAAGACAAUAACGGUAAAUAUAUUUAAUACAGUCUAGCGAUCUUUUUUCAGGGGAGCAAAGGAAUUGAAGGAGGAGGUGGGGGGCUCUGAAAUUUUUUCGACUACCAAGGAGGGGGCUCCUAAAAAAUUGAACCGCUAGCGAGGGGGCUGCUAAAAUUUCAAGCUUCGAGUUUCAAUAUCUUCACCCCCCCCCCCCCUCGUCAUAUUAAAUGAACUUUCCCUUACAGCAAAGGAUGCUUCCACAAAAAACUUACACGAAGACCGCGGUAGAAAUUUUGUAUAAUUGAAAAUCGUAAUGAGCCAUGUUGUUUCUUACACUCCUUUAAUGUCUAGAAGUCGUUAAAAGAAGUGUCCAGCCGUUUCCAAGUGAUUUUGAGGGGAGUCUUCGUUUUCUACACACCAGGGGAUUGUGUAGAAAAGGAAGACCUUGGUCGAAAUUUUGUAUGAUUAAGAAUCGUCAGGAGUCGUUUUCUACACAGUCAUACAUUGUGUAGAAAACGAAGACCCUGGUCGAAAUUUUGUAUAAUUGAAGAUAUUGUUGUUUCUUACACAUCUAAGGUCGAGAUACCCGUUUCUGGAUAUUUAUAAGUGAUUUUGAGGGUGGUCUUCAUUUUUGGCUCUAAGGUCUUACGUCUUUGUUUUCUACCCACCCUCGUGAGUGAGGGCUCGAGCACCCAGCAAAUAACCUGACUUCUUAAUAAAAUCAGGGUUCUCUUGGGUCAGAGGGGUUGACCAUUGGAUUAGAUGUAGUAUCCCCAAUGAAGCAGUCUGCAGGGCACGCGCUUUAAUAUUUUAGUCAAACAAACACUCAGUACAUUUGUCAGUAGCUACCAUCUUUGAUCUCAAAAACACUGGGAGAUUGGGCAUAGAAUACAAAUGUAAUGGCACUGUUCUAAACAAAUACUGAUAAAAUGAAGAUGGGGGGAGGGAAUUCUCACCUGUCUACCCAAACCUCCCAGAUGUAUCACAAUCAAUAAUAACUGUUUUCAACCAAGCAAAGCCUGGUGCUCUCUAUCUUAAUAAGCGUCCCCACGCAGAUGUGUGUAGGCAUUCAUCACCCCUUCCACCCCCACAGUCCAUAAGGAAGGAAUGGGUGACGAAUCCGGCCCUAAGGACAUCUGUGUAAGAGGCUAUGUUAUCUCUUGAUGACAGUAAAAUUAUGUAGUCAGUUCACAAUCAGUUGCAAUAGCAUGCAGCUCCAUGUUUUUUUUUUUAAUAUUCAAAAUAAAACUUAAAGUGACUGAAAUAAAAUGAAAUUUAAGUUAAAAUUAUUUCAAUGCAGUUUGAUGAAUUCUCAAUUUCAUUCUUUCUACAGUAUUUCUAAUCAUUGGUCAGAAAAGAUAGUACUGUAGUAUUAAUUUUAACUAGGCUAGGAUCAGGGAACUUUUUUGUUUCUGUCUUUAUGAUUAGGCUAAUGGGAGGGAGACAAAGGAACUUGAGAAUCAAACUAGGCUGAAAUUAUUUUUACCUCUGUCAAAAUUAUUUCAUUUUAAAGGCAAAGAUUAAGUCUGUAAUUCUAUCAUUCCAAUACAAAUUUCAUUUUGAAUUACAACUGAUAAGUCUUUAUAUUUAUGAACUGGAUUUUUUUUGUUCAGGUUUUACAGGAUGCAAGAGUCAUUAAAGUAACAGAGUCAGGAUCCCAGGACAAGCAUUUCUCACAGAACAAGCACAGAGGGUGACCUGGCUAGAAGGCGACCUGUGUUAUAGACCAUAAUUUGCACUAAGAGGUCAUUAUGUGAUAUUGUUUUUAUAAAAAUGUAAGUGAUAUAUGAUUUUACCUUUGAAAAACCAUGAUUAUAGUGGAUCAUUACAAUUUUAAACAGUAGUGAUUUGGUUUUUCAAACUCGCACUAUUUUCUUAAAAUGAGUAAGAUCGCAGCUGGUCACGUGUGACUAAAAAGUGAAUUUGAAAAUUAUGAAUACCUCUUUCUGAACACAAAUUUUGUACUUAACUUAAACUUCAAGGAAUUCAAAUGUUAAAAAGGUGAUGUGGUAACGUUUUCCCCUGAGCACAUUUGAGUGUUAAACCAAUGUGUAACAAGAUGCAAAAGCAAGGAAAAAGUAGUUGUGGCCACAUGGCGGCCAAUACAAAUCAAUUUCUUACUUUGUUGAAAAAAUCAAGGUGCCAUACAAUAUCUCCCUUAAAUGUGUUUCCUCUCAAAUUUUAUGUGCACUGUCAAUUUUUGAUAUCAGCAAGAUUCCAACUCGUUGUUUUAAAAAAGGAAGCAUUGGUCAUGUGAGCUCUUAAUUUAAUGCAAGUGGCCUAUUGAUGGUUGGUAGUUUUAAAAAUGUUAGUGAAUUAAGCUUUCAUUUUUGAACACAACUGUCAUGUCAGAAGGACUAAAGUUGUUGAUUGAUCCAGUUUAGCGCUAGUCCUUUGGGGUUGUUUUACAGCUGAGCAAAUUGAGCUUGGGUCGAAGCAGCAGAAAAAUUUCAAGUUUAGGGGAAUUAUGCUUUAGGUAUAUCUUGACAUAGUUUACUGUCUUUGACAAAGAAUACCCAUUUUUUUAACAGCUCUGGCAAAUGUCUUAGAGAACACAGCCCUCUUUGGUGAAUUUCUUCUUCGACUUUCUGAUAUAACACAUGAGGUAAACAAAAGAUAUUUAUUUUACAGUUUUAAAGGCUUUUUAUAAGUCUAAAAGGUGUGUACCUGGUAACUUGAUUUUUGCUAAAAAGGAAAAGUAGCAUUUCUACAAUAGACAUUUCCAGUCACAUGUCUGUGAACAAAGGCACCAAGUCGAGGCUUGGGAAGAAAGGCAAAUACAUAAGUGAUUUAAUUAAUGUAAGAAAUUGUCAGAUAUUGCAUGCCUUCACCUCACUUCCUUGCGUUUGUGCAAUGGAACACUCAAUGCAGGAAGGGUCGAUGCACAGCUGACUGGCCACCGUCGGAUUUCAAUUAGGAGCAACCAUAGCCACACAACAGAGGGUAGUCUGCCUGUGUCAAUCUGCUGUGCUGUUAUUAUUACUGCAGUGAGGAAAAGGCUAAUAAGGAAAAAAGAAUUUAAACAAAUUAAUAUUUGCCUGUAUGAAACUGUUGAAAACCUUCAGUGUAUGUCACUCUUUGCCCUCCAUUCAUAACAAAACUGUCGCUGAGAGAGAAACAAAAUACAGCCAAACCUUCGUACAACAGUCACCCUUCGGAAAUGGCAUUAAGGUGACCGUUAUAUACACGGCUGGUGACGGCUAUAUACAGGUCAACUUUGCAGAAAAUAUAAUUAAGGCAACUGGAAAUUUUGGGAAGUUGUCGGUGACCGUAAUAUUAGGGUGACUGCUAUAUAUAUACAGGUCAACUUUGCAGAAAAUAUAAUUAAGGCAACGGGAAAUUUUGGGAAGUUGUCCGGUGACCUUAAUAUACAGGGUGACUGCUAUAUACAGGUCAACUUUGCAGGAAUUAUAAUCAAGGCAACUGGAAAUUUUGGGAAGUUGUCCGGUGUCCGUAAUAUACAGGGUGACCGCUAUAUACAGGGCAGUGAUAAUACAGGUUUGACUGUAUUACUUUCAUUAGAAACCAAGAAAGAGACUAAAUGGAACACCUCCGUGUGCGUAGGAAUUACUGCUUAUGGUGAUUUCAAACAGGGUUUGUCAAGGCUGCCGGAAGUAGAGCUGCCCGCUUACCUGAGUUUCCUUCUACUUCUACUUCUACUAUAUUACUUCGCAGAGCCUGUACAGCUUCACGCGAAGGAUCCGUAUAUCAAGGUUGACCACAACACCGGGGUCUACGACCCCUACUCUUUACGAACAGUGUGUGGGUUCUUUAACGUCCCACAGUAUUAAUAUAGGUAAGGAUUGUGAGACGGGGCCUACGGUUUUUCGUCCUUAUCCGAGAAGACUAGAAAGUCUAACCAUUUGCAGAUGUCAUUACAAAGGCAGCACUUUCUUCUCAGUUAUUAUUAAGACCCUGAGUAUUGGUCCGGCCGGGGCUUGAACCCGCGACCUCCCGCUCAACAGACCGGUGCUCUCCCAACUGAGCUAACCAGGCGGCGGUUCAACAGACCUUCUUUUUCUUAUUUGUUUUGCAAAAUAGUUAGACUGUGUUAUAAUGAUAUUUUUCUAGGGGCUGUGUCACGACUGUCUAGUUCAUUUUGUAAAUAGGAAACUUAAACAAAGGCGUUUUUGAGCGACGCACGUUAACCGGAAGUAGACUUUUUACAUUCUUGAGCAGUGGUUUUGCCAAAAUUUUCAGUUAAAUCAUCUCUGCAAGUGUAAAGAAACUAAGCAAUACAAAUUUUAUAGCAUCAAGGCGUAUUAAAAAGGAAAAGUCCUGACUUCGGUUGACGUGCGUCUCUCAAGAAAGUAAAAACGCCUAUGCUUAGCUCUCUAAUUUUGCCAAUUACGUGUUCUUAUUUGCUGUGGAACUUCAGAAAUUACUUGUGAAUGGCAAAAUUACAGCUUCAUGUCAAACAAAUAUGUCUCCCAGGCAUUAUAUCAAACGUUACAAAAAACAAAAACGAACUUUUGUUAUACUAGCACUUUUUCAAAAACGAUAAUCGCCAUCUGUACCCGGGGGGGUGGGGGACUCCGCAUAUGAAAGGGGUGGGGAUGCUUGUCGUCUCACUUAGGGGUGUAAAUUCACACGAUCCCUACCUUUGUAAUAAGGACACUGCAGUAACGCAGACGCUUCCCUCUGUCCUUGUGGUAUCCGCAGUGACAAACUACCACCACAUUGUUUCUCCCCAAACAGGAUAGCCCCUCAAAACCUCACUAAUGCUGCCAGAUUGUUUGGCCUUCGAGUAGUCGCACGAACGGGUUUCAUUGUUUUUUUCUAUUUCCUGUUGUUAAGUUGGGGCUUUUAAUUAAAUGUGGUAACCCUUCUUCACCUUUAACAUUUUCUAGAUCUCUCUGAUGUCGUGCACAAGCUUCAUGAAACAUUUAUCGCCUUAGCAGCACAGCUUCAUGAAAUUCACGAGGCCGUCAAGGUAAAGCCUGGUUUCGUUAUAAGGCAGCCAGCUACAAUCUUGGACAAAACUGUUUAGAAAAUUGCAUACUUGGGGAGCAUUUUCCUAAACAUCCUAGUUCUAUCGAUUCUUCUCACUCCCCCUCCCCCCGGAAGCAAUGUUGUGUGUUCAAAAAAAGCCUGAUUCCUGAGCGUUUGCAGGAAGCAUCAUUGAACUGGGGGAAGGGGAUUUCUUUCCGCAAAGCCGUUGUUUUGGAAAUAGUUUUGUUGCGUAGGAUAGUGCACAUUAUGGGAAAAACGUUCUCAAGUAGUUUUGCCGGGAUUGUAGCUUGUUUCAGGAUCUUAGGUAGUCGGAAGGAGAAAAAAAGAAAGCGAGCGCGGAAAAAGGCAAGACAGAGAAAUGGGAAGAAAGGUGGAAUGUGGAGGGUUAUCCCGCCCUGUCCCCUCCCAGUCCUUGUGUGUUGUGUCUUGCGUCCGCUUUUCUUUUCGCUUCUCUCGACUGAGCCGAGCUAGAACAGACUAACAGCUGGAUAAAAUUUGGACCCCGCAUCUAUCCAGGCGAUUAUGAUUUCCUUUGCCUCGUCCCUUUACGGCGUUUUCCCAGCCCUUCUCCAUCAAUUCACCUGGUGACGUAUCCGAGGCAAACGGGCAGACCACGUGACCCGAAACUUAUUCGCCGCGCGGAAUAAUGAGGCUUACUGGACUAGGUAAUGAUUUCCCUAAAUUGUCCCGAUUACUCCCCAACACGUUAGAAUUAUGUGCAUAUGAUUGUCUCGUUCGCCUGAAAACAGUUUGAGGCGGCGCAGACGAUAAAAUGGAAACUGCGCUUUAGGUUUGGCAUACUUAAGCAAACAGGGCUCGUACGAAUCAUGAAAGUCCUAAAAAACGAUCCACAUUGUACCAACUCUGAACAAAGAAAACAUUAAAUAAUUAUGCUGCAGAAUAAACAUUUAUCCAUAAAUUAGUUCAGCUUUCGCUUUAACAUGACACUGAUGUUGUCGUAAUCUGAAUGAAGAAAAAGACAUUUAUUGUGUCAGUAGCAAAAACAACUGUUCUAGUUUUCUUAAAAAAAAAAUACCCUGUGCAGGCUCUAAAACUAUUUACCUUCGUCUCUUACGACGGAUAAUGAUUUUGGAAGUGGAUCGCAACUUUUAAAAAUAGUAAAGCUAACCUUUUCAAUUAGUUUUAUUGAGUGUUGGAUAAUAUUCGAUUUUUUACCUUCUUAGUAUUCUCCUGAAAAUUAUACAAACACGUUUCUUGAUCGUACAUGAUUGACCUCUCUUCUUUCUUCUUUUCAUCCGAAAUCAUUUUUUGUUUCUUUUUUCUCUCGAAGAUAUUAGCGUAUUAUUCAAGAUGACAUAAAUUUAAGAUUAUGUUGUUUUUUUUCGCUCCAUAUAGUUUUUUCUUUGAGACUCCGAUAUUACUGCGCUUUUCAAAAACACGCAAACUCUGAAGUUCAAAAGCCGCCUUCAAAAUUGGGCGUUUUUCACUGCCGUCAAUCAUAAUUAGGAUGACAAGCAACCAACCUUGAAACACAAACACACAAAACGGAUCGAAAUCCACUUAUCACAAAUCACAAACCAUGACCUUUUGAAUCCGUUGAAGUAAACUUCUGUUUCCUAAGAGCCCCGCUAAGAUGAUUGACGGCAGCGAAAAACGCAAACGUCAGUUGGCUUUUGAACGUCAGAAUUCGGGUGUUUAUGAAAAGCGCAGUGAGAGCAUAAAGAUAUUCUCCAUCCUCACGCAAAGAUGAUGAUUAAAGUUUGAAAAUGAUGAGUAUCUGAAACAUUUUUUUUAUUGCACCAGGUUCAAAAGGAACAAUAGGGCCAUUUAUACGAGGAAAAAUAAGACGCGUCUUAAAUAAGACGCGAACUUUCCGUAUAAACGGCACAUUUCGUCUAAAAUAAGACGCGGCUUAGCUAAGACGCGUCUUAUUUUAGAACAGCCCUUAACACCUGUUCUUAGAUAAGACGCGUCUUAGCUAGGACGAGAAAAACUUCGUAUAAAUGACCUUCGUGUCUUACAUAAGACCCGAACCCAUAGUACGCAUACGUUAAUUUUUGGCGCGCCACGUUGGAUUGACGUUGCUACGGGCAACAUUCACAUGAAAACGAGUCAACAACAGAAAUAAGACGCGAACCAUUUAUACGAGCUGUUCUCGUCUUUUAGAUAAGACAUGCUCGUAUAAAUGGUACAGUUCGCGUCUUAUUUUUCCUCGUAUGAAUAGCCCUAAUAUCUUAA